UCUUCAUUCCCCCACUCCCAGAAGAAACAUUUAUUAUGCUAAGUGAAACGUUUAACCACCCGGGACUGUUGGCUGAAAUAUCUCAUCCUGUGACUGGAAAGCUCAUCCUCCUAACGUUGACUCCACAGCGUGCCGUUAACUAGGACUAAGAAAGUCAACUACUGCUUCACAGCGCCAGGAUUUCAACAGCACGGAGCCUCCCGAGGCAGAGAACCGCGACAGCAAAUUCAGCAGGAUCUCAAAGCAGCAGCCGCCUCUCCCUGCAGAUGCCAUUUAACCCUGGAUUUGCGUGCAUCCCACUUCUGAAAAUCAGCUGGAAAUUCAUCGUGCCUUCCCUUCACGGAGAGUGAGCGCUGCCAGCCAAAGCCCUGGCUCCCCCCUCUCCCAGCACCGGAGCUGGGUUAGGAAGAGCCUUUUCCCAUGCAGGGGGAGUGGGGCUCCCAGCAGACUCCCGGAGCUCCCAGCACGUCCCAGUUGACCAGCAGAUGAUCCAGUGCAUUUCCCCAAAAGAGGUGUGCUGGGGGAACAAGGGCCAGGACACGAGGUACCUGUAUCAUUUUUGACUAAUAUUUGUGGAUGAAUGCUGUAAAUAUGAGCCAAGAAGAUUUAAAAGAAAGUCACUGAGCCAUGUAAGUGAAUUAAUUUGCCUUUAGACAAAAUGCGGCUGGUUUUCAGCCUUUUACAAGCAGGAACAUUAUUUCUUUCUUAUGCCAAAGACUGACCGAGUUUGCUUUACUUCUACUGUGGAGGAAAUUUAAGCAAGAACAUGUAUAGUGAAUUGCUAAAUUCAACCAGCGCCACUGAAGCUCACCUUAUCAUUCAGACCAACACGCCCUACCUGAGCAGCACACCAAGACCCGUGAGCUCCUCCGCUUUUUACAUGUCAACAGCCAGGGUGUUAAAAGAAGGGGAAAUAAAUAAGCCAGACCUGGUGACUUACAUCAUUCUGUUUUUCUUUCUGCUCUUGACUGUGACACUCAUUGUGCUCUUCAUAAACUGCCAGCUGAAAAAUUCUUUUUUUGCUACUCUUCCUUACGACAGAUCGCUCAGAGAGGCGAGGAGCCCGUGGAGGACACAAGCUGUCUGACACUGGAGAGCAACUAUGUACUACAACAGUAGCAGGCACCAGAAACCCUGUGCAAUACGGCGUUACUGCCAUGUGCCAGUGAGUGGAUGUGACCCUCCGUAGGAAAAGAUUGCUGAAAAAUAUGCUGUAUGCAAAAUCAGAAUAGCUGUAAAUAAAAAGCUCUGUUAUGAACUAAA